UGUAGCUCAGUAUAGUGACGGUACAGAGUGUCCCGGAUAUUCCUCCCGCCGGAAGAGAAGGGUGAGCUCUCCCAGCCAUCUUGUGGCAGUUACAAGCGAAUUGCUCGCACCAAGCCUCGCAGAAUCGGAGGUAAAUCCCGCUGAAGGGGCGUCAUCAUGCCCGGACACUUGCAAGAAGGCUUUGGCUGCGUGGUGACCAACCGGUUCGACCAGUUAUUGGAUGACGAAUCCGACCCGUUCGAGAUCCUAAAAGCCGCCGAGAACAAGAAGAAGGAAGCGGCCGCAGCUGGGUCCACCAAGACCGCAGCGCAGGCAGCCAAGCUGCCGAAGAAAGAGUCGCAAAAAGACAGAAAGAACCCGCUUUUGGACAAAAAGGAUGAGUCGCAGGCUCCGGUACCACUGAAGAAAGAUGGCAUCAGGCGGGUGGGCCGCCGGCCGGACCAGCAGGGGCAGCCGGCCCCCCCCCAUCAGGGCGAGGGGAGGCGGGAGGGGGACCGGAGGCCGGACCGGAGACCCCCACGGGAGCGCCGCUUCGACAAACCCACCGAGGAGAAGCCCGAGGGGGGCGGGGGUGGGGGGGGCGGGGGCGGCGGCGGUGGAGGAGAAUCCUCAACUGACAGGCCUCCCGGGGACCGCCCCCAAAGGGGGCGUGGCGGAGGACGUGGUGGGCGUGGCGGAAGAGGGCGUGGCUUGGGCAGAGGGGAGGGCUUUGACUCUCGUGGAAAACGUGACUUCGACAGACACAGCGGCAAUGACAAAUCUCAGAAGACGGAGGAGAAGCGCAGCGGGGCGGGUCCCAACACCUGGGCCAGCACCAAGGAGGAAGCAACCGAGGCUGAACAGACGCCGGCCCCUAACCCUCACCCCGAGGGAGAGGAACACCCUGCGGCCGACUCUGAGAACAAGGAGAACGAGGUGGAGGAGGUGAAGGACGAAGGCCCCAAGGAGAUGACCCUGGACGAGUGGAAGGCCAUGCAGGACAAGGAGCGCGCCAAGGUGGAGUUCAACAUCCGCAAGCCCAACGAGGGCGCGGACAGCCAGUGGAAGAAGGGCUAUGUGCUGCACAAGUCCAAGAGCGAAGACAGGCCGGUCGGGGCUUUGAUCGAUGUCCCGGAGACCGAAACGGAACCACAGCCAGUGUUUCAAAAGGCAACCUUGAGCGCCACCGAAGAAGCCGCAGACCACCACUUCCGCAAGCCGGCCAACGACAUCACCUCGCAGCUGGAGAUCAACUUUGGAGACCUGGGACGCCCCGGUCGCGGGCGAGGGGGGGCCCGUGGGGGCCGAGGGGGGCGGGGCGACCGGGGGGGCGCCCGGCCGGCGCGUGGCGGAGGAAGACCAGAGAAGCCCAGCGGUGUGUCCGUCCCCAACGUAGACGACCCCGAAGCCUUCCCAGCACUGGCCUAAGUCCCCCCACCCCCCCACCACCACCAGCCCACCCAUCAAACCUUUUGUCGGGGGGGGGGACGCGGCGUGCAUGCUUACCACAACUUCAAGUAUAUAAGAAAAAAACAGAAAAAGAUACCGCCCAACCAACCAACCAACCAACAACAGAUUUUAAUGAUGAAAAAGACUGCCAUCCCAUAAUAACCACAGCCCCCCUGGAGACUGACAUUCUGCCUGUUUUAAAAGGAGAACCAAACGAAGGGAAAUAUAACAAACAAACCACGACACAGAAAAAAGGACCUCUUGUUACACUGAAGCUAAUUAUUGGUCGACGUUUUGUAUUCAAAGACAUGAAAGCAGAGUGUUCUCAGACAGUGUUUUUGUUUUUCAGAAUUAUGCAUACUUCAUUGACAUUUCUUUCCUUUGGUUCUUUCCCCUGCUGCUUGACUUAACGCAUAUUUUAGGUUUUUCGUUUUGUCUGCGUCUCGUCUGACCUCUGAGUCUGCUUUUCUUGUGACCUCCAAACUCCAAAAGGUUCUCUUGAGGCGAUACGGUCGUAAAGGGUAGGGUGUAUUGUUUUAUUCCAGUUAUAACGCACUGAUUGUUGUAGAGCUACACUACAAUUAGAGAAAGAAGAAGGAACUUGUUUUGUGAAUUAUGCUUAAAAUAUAAAACUAUAUGGAAUUGUGACUCUUCCCACUCUGGCCAGCGCUCCUUUUGGAAAGCACAUGUUCAGGAUUGGCGACCAGGGUUUCCUUAUACCGCUUGAUAUUUUUAUUUCUGCGUGUUGUGCAGUGAAAGUAAAAUGCCUCAUUUGUUUUAUUUAUUUUUAUGCACUUGUUACUUUGCUACCCUGUUACGCUCGUUCUUUCGUGUGUGGGUGUGGGUGCGUGUGCGUGUGCGUAAAGCGGUCAACAUGUGAUGAGCUUUCAGCGUCGACGUUGCCAAUGUAGUUCAAUGGAGCCGAGCGUCAAAGCGCCACCUAGCGUUGACGCUACCAAAGGCAGUGGACAACUCGGAUUCUCCACCUCGACGCUGCAGCAUUCAAACCAUUUUAACUUUGACCCCUUUUGACACUGACCUCUCGAAGUACGUCCAAUCAUAUAACAGCGUUGUUGGACGUUCUAAAAACAAUGGAAUUCCAAGGCCUUUAAUUUCUAAUGUCUGUUUGUUGGCUAUAUUCCGUUUUGCCGGCCGCUCAUCAUGUGUUGACUGGUUUACUAGGGCCACUCGGAGCCCAAAACACUGCUUCAUCCCGUCUGUGGUUUGAUGAAUAGGUACCACAGGAUCAGGAAGCAAACAUUGUUUAGUUUUUAUGUUCACUUUGUGUGUGUGUGUGUGUGUGUGUGUAUGAGAGAGAUGGGACGAGUGUGAGCGAAUGCCUGCCUUUAAGUGUAUUUGUUUCUAAAAAGUGUGAAGGGGCAAUUUUGUGAAUUUGACAGGUCCAACUUUUAAGUAUUCCUUCUCUGCUGUGAACUCUCUUUUUUCCCAAACCGACGACCGCAAGUCUACGCAGCAUGUUUCUUGCCAGAUGUAGUACCUACAUAUUGUGUUUUUUUGAGGUAAGAAAUUGUAGGUGUAGACCAUGUGCUCAUAUCUUGCACUUGGGAGUAUUGGUAUGUGUCGAUCUCGGAAGCACUUGGAUUGCAUCCGCACCAGUACUCUAAAAUAUUGUUUUGUUUUUUUUCCUCGCAUAUACAUAUUGCCGUUUUUAUUUUAUUGAAAUAUAUUAUUUUGUAAUCCUUGCAACAGCACCACUGCAUAGUUUGUCUGAAUGAAAGGUCUUUAGGUGGUGGGGCCUCGCGCGCUGCAGAAUGUAAUGUAAGUUACCGGAGCUUCCCGCCGCCAGCAUCUGCGUUUUGUUCCCGGUAAGCGUUGUACUUGGUCAAUGCGGGAUUGUUUCUCAUAUCGAGUAAGGAUGGGGAGGGCUGGGUUCCGGUCUAAAUAUAUUUUAAAGCUUUAUUUGCGUCACUUUGAAAACCCUUCCUGGUACGAGGCAGAUGCCGGCGGCUCGGAGCAGCCCUCGUAGGCCCGCUGAUCCACGAUAGCAAACAUCCCUGUUCUAAUAAAUUGCUUUAGCUGUGUUCCAUGUAUUCUGCCCACAACUGUUGGGUUGUGUGAAAUCAAUACUGUGAUUUUAAAGUUGUAAACAAGU